AUGGAUUUCUGGCCAGAAUUUCUUGCAAGCAGUUCGGGAAGAGAGUUUGUAGCUGGUGGCUUUGGAGGCAUUGCUGGUAUAGUUUCAGGUUAUCCACUUGACACUCUCCGCAUCAGAUUACAGAACUCAAAAAAUGGCUCCGCCUCCACCAUCUUUAGACACAUGGUUUUUAAGGAAGGACCAACUUCUUUGUACCGUGGCAUGGCCGCACCAUUAGCCUCUGUUACUUUUCAGAAUGCAAUGGUUUUCCAAACGUACGCGGUUCUGUCAAGGGCAUUUGACUCAUCCGUUUCUCUUAAAGACCCUCCUUCCUACAAAGGUGUUGCAUUAGGAGGAACUGGUACUGGAGCACUCCAAAGUCUAUUACUUUCCCCUGUAGAGUUGAUCAAAAUUCGACUUCAGCUGCAGAACGCAAACCAGAUGACAGAAUCCACAAAAGGUCCUAUAAGGCUGGCUGAAAACAUAUGGAGAAAAGAAGGCCUUCGAGGCAUUUAUCGAGGACUUGGUGUCACUAUGAUCAGAGAUGGACCCUCUCAUGGUUUAUACUUCUGGACAUAUGAAUACAUGAGGGAACGAUUUCACCCUGGUUGCAGAAAAAGUGGUGAAGAAAGUUUGCACACUAUGUUAGUAGCAGGAGGAUUAGCAGGGGUGGCUAGUUGGAUUAGUUGCUACCCUUUUGAUGUUGUAAAGACUAGAUUACAGUCUCAAACACCCUCUUCUCUUAAAUACAAAGGCAUCAUAGAUUGUUUCAAAAAGAGUGUUCACGAAGAAGGAUACAGUGUGCUAUGGCGGGGCUUAGGAACUACAGUUACCAGAGCUUUCCUGGUAAAUGGGGCCAUAUUUUCUGCUUAUGAGGUUACACUAAGAUUGUUUUUUAACAAUGGCACUAUUCAUAUGAAAGAAACUAUUUAG